CGUCACGUGAUACUGCAGUCUAGAAAUGCUAUGUGAUGCGAUCUAGGGUGCACCAAGAGCCCAAUUACUACAUAAGGGCUGACUGUAAGAAGCUACUUUACACAAACAGAUCAAGGCACUGAUACCUGUGAAGUGGCCAGAAGAGCGUGACAGGACAGACACAUGGAUAGGAUACAAGUUGGAUUUCCAGACAAAAUGCCCAUGUGACCUGAGACAGAGAUAGGGAAAGAACGCUUUCAAGGAGAUGCUGUAUGCAGCUCAGGACCAGGCCCCUUCUAUAGAAGUCACAGACGAAGACACAGUGAAGAGGUAUUUUGCCAAGUUUGAGGAGAAGUUCUUCCAAACCUGUGAGAAGGAACUUGCCAAAAUCAACACUUUUUAUUCAGAAAAGCUUGCAGAAGCUCAGCGCAGGUCUGCUACCCUUCAGAAUGAACUACAGUCAUCUUUGGAUGCACAGAAAGAAACUAGUGGUCUUACCACAGUGCGGCAGCGCAGAAAGGCAGUCUUCCACCUGUCCCACGAGGAGCGUGUUCAGCAUAGAAACAUCAGAGACCUAAAACUGGCCUUCAGCGAGUUCUACCUCAGCCUCAUCUUACUGCAGAACUAUCAGAACCUGAACUUCACAGGAUUCCGUAAGAUCCUGAAGAAGCAUGACAAGAUCCUGGAGACACCCCGGGGUGCAGAUUGGCGGGUGGCCCAUGUGGAGGUGGCACCAUUCUAUACUUGCAAGAAAAUCAACCAGCUCAUCUCUGAAACAGAGACAGUGGUGACCAAUGAGUUAGAAGAUGGAGACAGACAGAAGGCCAUGAAGCGUUUACGUGUCCCACCUUUGGGAGCUGCUCAGCCUGCACCAGCAUGGACCACUUUCAGGGUUGGCUUGUUCUGUGGCAUAUUCAUUGUGCUGAACAUCACUAUCAUACUUUCAGGUGUGUUUUUUAUAGAUGGACCAAAGGUGUGGCCACUGGUGAGAAUCUAUCGAGGUGGCUUUCUCUUGAUAGAAUUCCUCUUCCUCCUGGGUAUCAAUACGUAUGGCUGGAGGCAUGCUGGAGUGAAUCAUGUCCUCAUCUUUGAACUCAAUCCCCGCAGCAAUUUGUCCCAUCAGCAUCUCUUUGAGAUUGCUGGAUUCCUUGGGAUGUUGUGGUGCCUGAGCCUGCUGGCAUGUAUAUAUGGUGAAUUUACCCAUGUCCCUAUGCAGGUGAAUCCACUCAUCUUGUAUGGAUUCAUGUUGCUUUUCCUCAUCAACCCCACCAAAACUUUGUACUACAAGUCCCGGUUUUGGCUGCUCAAACUGUUGUUCCGGGUGUUCACAGCCCCCUUCCAUAAGGUAGGCUUCGCGGAUUUCUGGCUGGCCGAUCAGCUCAACAGCUUGGCUGUGAUACUUAUGGACCUGGAAUACAUGAUCUGUUUCUACAGCUUUGAGCUCCAGUGGGACAACAAUACCGGACUGUUGGCAAAUGCAGGUGGUCAGAUUUGUAACAGCUACUCCUACGGAGUGCGAGCAGUUGUCCAGUGCAUCCCUGCUUGGUUGCGUUUUAUCCAGUGCCUGCGCCGUUACCGUGACACCAAACGGGCCUUUCCUCAUCUGGUUAAUGCUGGCAAAUACUCCACCACCUUCUUCAUGGUGACAUUUGCAGCCCUUUACAGCACUCACAAAGCUCAAAACCACAGUGACACCCAAGUGUUCUUCUACCUGUGGAUUGUCUUCUAUUUAAUCAGCUCCUGCUACACCCUUAUUUGGGACCUGAAGAUGGACUGGGGUCUCUUUGACAAGAAUGCUGGUGAAAAUACCUUCCUUCGGGAAGAGAUCGUCUACCCACAGAAAGCCUAUUACUAUUGUGCCAUUGUGGAGGAUGUAAUCCUGCGCUUUGCCUGGACCAUCCAGAUCUCCCUCACUUCCAUGCAAGUCUUUCCGUAUGCUGGGGACAUCAUCUCUACUGUCUUUGCACCACUUGAGGUUUUCCGGCGGUUUGUGUGGAAUUUCUUCCGUCUGGAGAAUGAGCAUCUGAACAACUGUGGUGAAUUCCGUGCUGUCCGGGACAUCUCAGUGGCACCAAUGAAUGCUGAUGACCAGACACUACUAGAGCAGAUGAUGGACCAGGAAGAUGGUGUCCGAAACCGCCAGAAGAACAGGGUGUGGAAGCGUCGCCAAAGCGUGUCCCUGCGCCGACCUAAUCUUUCUUCACAAUCCAAGGCUCGUGACACCAAGAUAUUGAUAGAGGACACAGAUGAUGAAGCAAACACAUGAAAUGUCCACAGAGUCUAGUUCCACAUCCCUUGUUUUCUUGCUCUACUACCCUUUCCCCGACCAAUCCAACCUCUGGUACAGUUCCAGCUGAAAACAGGAGAAAACACUGAACACAUUUUCCGAGCUCUUCCGGACCGGAUCCUAUGGACUCCAACAAGCUCACUGUGUUUCUUUUCUUCUGGUUUAAUUUUCUUUUUCUACUUUUAAAAUAAAUAUUUACUUCGUUUUGCCAAUCAGAGGACAGUUAAGGAAAGAAGUAUCUAAGAAUUGUUUACAAUCACAACAAGGACACAAAACCCUAUCUGGAUGAAGAACAAGCAUCAUAGGGACUCCCUGAUGGGACAGCACCGAGAAUACACUCGGCUUCUGCUUGGCCUGGUUUCGACUGGUUGAAACCGGACUUGGGUUUUUAAAUUUGUGUUUUGUUUUUUUCUUUCCUUCAUAUCCAGCGCUGAGGCACUGGCUGCACUUGCAGGGAAAGUGCACUUAGAGCAGUACCUUCAUUCACGAAGCUACUUUUUAAUUUGAUGUAACUUUUCUUAUAAUUUUUUUGGAAAUACGAUGUAUUUGUUGCAUACAGUUUUCACAUUAUUUAUGAAACUUAACCAUAUGAGAAUGAUUUUUUGAGUCCUGUGCAAUGAAGGCGAUAACAGUAAAACAAGGCAGGGGGAUGUAGAUCUGGAUCUCUUUUGUGAGGGUUAUGCCCUGCAAAUACCUCUUUCAUGAGAUAAUUUGCGCCAGUUUGACCCUUUUUCUCUUCAGUUUAGUUUUAUUUACAAAGUUUUUCUUUCUGGUUUUAGUUGCUGCUGCUGCUUCAGAAGCCUGAGUAUGUUUCACAUACCAGUUCAUGCUCAUCUUUCCACAUGGCCGUGCAAAGAUAGUGUAAAUGAUUCUGUUUUAAAGGAGAGUUGUAAUAAAUCUUGCCACAAGGCAAAACACCCAGGCAAAAAAAAAAGGGGGGGGGUGUUUAGGUUAAGAACUGUUUUUUCAAAGCCUUAAUCUUCAUGAGAUAAGGUUAGAGUACUGUGCACCCUAUUAAAUAGGGAGCUUUUCCAUUGUUCCGCUUCAGCUAACUACCGCAAAAAUAAAAGUGGACGAGAUGAGGACAUGAUCUUUGCCAUGUGCGGGAGGGGGGUUUGUUACAUGUUUGGUUCAUAGGUGGCUACGCUUCAGAGAAUUGGCACUCCUGACUGAGUUUGCUGUGGGGCAAGGAGGUGGUUGCGUGUUGUUCAUAAGGUAGGGAAGUUGGUAUUAAAUUAGAAGUCUUUAAUGACAUUUUAUUUUAUAUGUUUUGCCAGGCUUUGGCAAAGCGUUCUCUACCAGUCACUUCCUGAGCACACCUUCAGGUUGCUUUGUUUGUUGCCCGUCCUUUACACCCUCUUCUCAGUGUAGUCUAAAACCAGUUAAGUGGGAGGUCAGCCUUGCACUGGAGUGUGAGUGAUCAUACUCAGCAGGCUAGGGUUUAAGGACAUCAUACUGCUUAGCAAUUUCAGUAGAAAUGUUAAGGCCAGCUUGAUAAGCUUUGUAUAUUUUGAUACCACCACCACCUUCUUAGAAGAGAGCAGCAUGAGUGUUUGAGAGUGCCAUGCCCUACACCACUGCAGGCCUUAAUGCGUGCAGAAAGCUUCAGUGUUUAAUAUUAAUAAAAUUUUAUUUGUCCUUGCUCUGUUGCAUGUAAGGUUAACACCAGGGACUGGGGGAAGCUGCUUCAAUUCCCUUUAAUCCUGUCCUUAACUCAAGGCCCGACUUUACAGCAAGGACUAUUGAAGACUCUUCAUCCUUUUCGGAUGGGGCAUGGUCACUGUUUCUGCUGCUCUGCGUCCUUGUUUCUAACCACUCUUCCAUGUAUUCCAAGUACUCUUAGUUCUUUGGCAAUGCCAGUAGCUAGCCAUAUACAGUUAUUGUUCAGACUCCAAGUGGCAGAUGAACAACUAAGGAGGAGCCAUUUUUUACUUCUGUCCCUUGUUUUGAACUCGCAUUUCUAGCAAUCAGAUGCUAGGAAUCCCUGCUCAGCUGCUGUUAAAUAUUUUUUCUUUCUUUAGCCAAUCAUAUGGCUUAUUACAUAUGGCUAGUGCACUGCUUUUUCUUAGUUUGCCUAUUGUGCCUCUUGCCCAGAGGAACUGAAGAAGGAAACUUAAUUGUAUUCAUUUAGUUUAAAUAGGUCAAAAUAACUUGAUCAUACAUUGGCAGUAGUGAACUGGUGCCCCUCGACAGAGUGAGCAUUAUCUCAGUUAUCAGCACUGUCAUAUUGCACCCUGAACUUAUCAAGAAACUUUGACCUGCUAGGAAAGGCCUCAGCACUACCACUGAUCUACUGAAGGUGAUAGUGUCAUUCCAGUGGAACAGAUGAUAUGUGUAUUGUUAUUCCUCCACCAACGUGACCAGGGCCAGCUGGUAUUUCAGCACCAGCCAUCUCUGGUGAGAGGAAUCUGAACAAUUUUGACUAAUCCUGAAUUCUGUCAUUGUCCCUUUUGGUGCCCAGGAGUCUGAUUCUCCUGAUCUUGACUCACUGAUGCUUCUUGUGCAGACAAGGACAGAUGUACCUGUCCAGCAGGAAGUGGAGUUUGAGAUGGAAAGCCUUCUAAAGUAUUUCAGUCCACUAUUUUGCAUUUCAGUGGUUUUUGCUGUGUUCACGAUGUUCGAUUCCACACAGAACAGAGAGCUCAUUCUCCUGGGAGGUAACUACGAUACUCUGGCUAACAAUUGGGAUAUCAUCAGCAACUAAAACUGUCAGAGAAUAGCGAUGUCAUAUAUGCCAGUGGGCAGUUUAAAAGGAGUAGCAGCCAAACUAAGGGGCACAACCUGAACUAAUGGUGUCAUUACUUAAGGAAGCAUUGCUUUAAAAAGGAGGGGUGGGGUCUUACUGUUAGCACUCCUUUGUCAAAGGAAUGGAAAGUAUCAUAGCGGCAAUUAGGGCAUCUGAAAAAUGUUUAGAACUUGGUACAGAGAGAUCUUAAAAUAUCACAGAACAAGUAGAAACAAGUGAAACAUUGCAAAUGAGUUUCUGAGCUCAGCUAGGAGAAUUGAACAUGUUUUGGUUAGUCUGCCUCUGACAUGAGUGGUACUGCAUGAGCUGAUUGGCUCAAACUUUAAACCCAUGGAAGGAUCAAGGAUCAGGUCUUGGUCAGUUUUUUCUGCAACGUAUCAAAACUCUGGGGGAAUAGAGAGAUAUUUUGUUCUGUGUUUGUCAAUACACUGCUUCCACCUUCUUUCUCUUCCCACCCUGCAGAAGAACACUCUGUUUCGAGCUGUGUUUUCCCUGCCAAAAAAGUUGGGUUUUAUUACAGUGAGAGAACUAAUUGACCUUAGCUAACUUGGUGUAAAAAUGCAUGUUUUAUGACCAUGAAGACAGCCUGUGUAAUGAAGGUGUCCAUAUGCUUGGGUCAGGAUGCCUGAGCUCCUAGCAUCAUGGUCCAAAAGAACCCAGUUUCCAGAAUCACUGUACUCCUUGGUGCCACAAGGGCUUGUAUUCCAUGACUACACAGAGAAAUUUCUGAGCCAUUUGGCAUAUAGCUCCUCUCAGGAGUUAGUUCUAAAAACCUGUCUGGUUCCUUCUCUGAAUGGACAGUGAUAUCUAGCCAGUUAAAUGAGAUAUAAUCAAGCAGGGCAGCUAGUGAAAGAAAUAUAACCACCUCUCCUACUGAGUGGUCUGCAAAAUGAGAAAGUGAGAAAAGAUGUUUCCCCUCUGGUGGUCACACUUCAUGAAUGACCUUUGCAAAUAUAACGGAAUGGGUGUUUGUGAAAAUACUGCUGUAGAAGACUAGCAUUACUGAAUGCAGAAUGCGCGGUGAAAGGAUAACAGGGAACUGUUUUUUUUAUCCAGUGGAUUGCCUCCGACUCACAGAUGGGAUAGCAGGAGAGCCAGGAACCUGCUUCCAACUUCCUUAAGCAAAAGCUGGAAAAUGCCCAUCAUCUUCCUAUUUUAUAGCAGCUAUGUUUGCCUUUCCUUUUGAUCUCUCUGGGUUCUCUCCUUCCCUUCUCUUAAAGGGUGCUCUUCUGCUGGAAUUGAGACCUACCCAAUGGUUCUGCUUUGUAUUCACAUGAGCUUAGAGUGGAUGGUAUUUGUCUCACCACCGAAUGUUUUUUUAAAUGGAGAUUUCCCCACACCCCUGUAGUUUAGAAGUUCAAGUUGACCACAUUCAUUCCCUGUUCAAAGGGGUCUCCAUCCCUCCCAGACAUCUAAAGUUUUAUGAGGAUUGUCAGGCAAUGUUAAUCAGGCAGAUCCGUUUCCAGGCUGUUGAGAUAUUGACCACUGUGAAUCCACACGGAUCUCUAAUUCCCUGGAUCUUUCCUCCAGCUUCUGACUGUACUAUAUGAAAAUGAGAUUUUGAUCACUGGCAUGUGCUUAUCACAAAUCAUAGAAAGGCCGGAAUCCCUUUGCUGUGUUCUCUUGGAUGAAAUUUAUCUAUGGGAGGAAGGCAAUUGGGGCGUGGGGGGGGAGACAGUGGAUUCUCUGCAUAGAACUUCACAGAACAAAUCUUAAUGAACUAUGGCAGAAAUCGUGGGGGAGAGCAUGCCUGUCAGGCUCAUUCUCUACUAACUUUACUGCUACCUUUCCCUUCAUAUUCUCCUGCUUUCUUAUGGCUGUAUCCCGAAUGUCUCAAUAUAUUCAUACUUCUGAAAUUCAGAUACAUUUUGGAGGCAAAUUUGCUUGCCCUGUGCCCUCCCCUCCCCUACUUUCUCUGUUUCUUCAGUAUCACUGUUUAUAUCGGGGUCGUGUCAUGAAGAUCAAUACAGAGGAAGAGGCAGAAGUUCCCACUAUGGUGCAAUGAGACUGAGCCAUCUUCUGAAAAACGAAGCUCUUCUUGCCACUAUUCUGUCACCUCCUGUUGGCUGCUCUGAUUCUUCCAGGUACCCUUAGCUGCUGCUUCCUACGGGCCAAAAUGAACACAUUCUCUCUUCUCCUCCCCUCCAUACUUCUGCCAGCCUUCUCUCUAACAGAUGAUUCCUUGCACAAGCCUUCUCUAGAAUUUAUCCUUCAGUCUUUUCCUCUGGGUAAAGGGGAGGGGAAGAAUGCAAUGGGCUUUGUAGUUUUCAGUAUUGCCCAUAUGAGGCUUCUGUAUCUAGGACAGGGGUAGGCAACCUUUCAGAAGUGGUGUACCAAGUCUUCAUUUAUUCACUCUAAUUUAAGGUUUUGCGUGCCAGUCAUA